AUCGAUUGCGGUUGCCGCACGCUCGAUUCUCCGAGAUCCUUUAUUGAUCGCUUCUAAAUAGAUCCUUUUUGUGAUAAAGUGAAGUCAGUCACAAGACCAGUGCAUAAUACAGUGAUCUCUGUUGAUGUUUUGAGUGAAAACACAUUAAGUAUUAUCUCCAUUAAAAGGUUGAUGACCCCUGUUUUAAAGAUGAGUGCUAAUGAGUGUUGACGUGACUCUGAGGGUGUAUACUAAAGUGUUUUUAAUGAAAGUCGAGUGUAUGCCCCCUUACGAUUCCGGACUACGAUAGGCCAGAAGGCCAAAUGGGCCUCUUCAAAGGCUCCACCACCACGCUCGACGGCAUAGGCCUGCGGCCGAUGCCAGCGGAGCGACCGAAAACGCUCAAGAAGCUGAAGUCAGUGUACGACGCUUCACCGACUGAGCCGCCGGCAGUCACCACCACGACCCUGACCAGUAAUGGACAGGGUACGGAGCGCAUCAACGGCGUGGAGGACGAGGUCAGGAGACGCAGUAAUACGACCAGUUCCACGCAGAGCGGGGACAAGUCGUUGUCGAUACUCAGUCCGUUUGAUGAGCAGGAGGAAUGGGCUAAGAUCUCCGAGAUAAUGGCCUCUUUCGGCAGCAAGCUGGUGCGAGAGUCGGUGUUUGUGUCAGAAUUGGAGCAGGAGUUCACUUCCCGGCUUGGACUGAGCUGCUCGGAGUCGAGUCUCAGCCCCUCGGUAGCAUCGAACCUGGGACACUGGCUCGCCGGCCUGGGGCUACACGACUACGAACCUUUGUUCUUGGAGAGCGGUUACGACGACAUCGAUUUUGUUAACGGCAUCCUAGACGAGAACGAUCUACGCGAGAUGGGCAUAGACGAAUCAGAUAGGCAGAAGAUAUUAGAAUCAGCAAAACAGUUACCUCUUAAAAUAACAGGAAUCAGCAAUAACCAUAACAAUAAUAAUAUAAGUAAAAACCAAAACGAAUCUGUAGACGAAUGGCUAAGGAACAUUAAUCUAGAACAAUAUAGUGAUACGUUUAGGAAACAUUUGUACGUAGAUAUGGAUAGAGUCAAGAGGAUUUGGGAGGUGGAGUUGACUGCCGUGCUAGAAAUACAGAAGGCUGGACAUAGAAAAAGGAUUUUGGCAUCAGUCUCCGGUGAACACAACGGACCGGUAAACAAAAUUGAAGAUAUUAGCACUGAUCUCAACACAUUGAAAAACAAUAUACAGCAACUGAAAGAAGAAAUCAAAGAGAAGUUACCGUCGGAGAACUUGAAGCCUGUUCCACCUCCUGUGGUGCCUCUUCUAGCUCCCCCUGGUGGCGAGACGUUGAAACGGAGCAAGAAGAAUAGACCAGCUCCACAGCCACCUAGACCGUCGGACUUGGAGAUCAGGGCACCAUCAGAACUGUUGGUGGGAGUACCGGGCGCUUUGAAGACUCAGUGGAAACAUCAGCCGUUUGUGUUAGUUACUGGAGCUGUUACUUAUGUGGCUAAUUACCUAGGAUCGACGGUGGUGAAGGAGCUCAGGGGCACAGAGUCAACAAAGAAGUCUAUUCAGAAGCUAAAGAAAACCAAAGAACCGCGGGACUCCCCCGACAUCAUACUCUCGAUCAGCUACCGAGGCGUCAAGUUCCUAAACACUAUUACUCGGGAGCUAGUUUGCGAGCAUGAAAUACGGAACAUCCACUGCGCCUGCCAAGAUGCCGACGAUCUGACACAUUUCGCGUACAUCACCAAAGACCACGCCACCAAAAGUCACUAUUGUCAUGUCUUCAGAGUCGCCACUAUGGAUCAAGCGACAGAAGUGAUUCUAACACUAGGAGAAGCAUUCGAAGUGGCUUACCAAAUGGCACUGAGAGAGCAGUCGAACAGAACCAGAGUAACCCAAUCGAUGGCUAAAACUCCCACGCACGAUCCCAUGACUACAAGCAAUAAAGAGAAGCCCAACGUCAAUCAUGGCCGAUCACAUUCCAUUACAGAGAUCAAACUAAACGGUCAUCAGUUGAAGAUAGCCCCAAUUCCCGCGUCAUUGUCCAACGAAGAUUUCCAAGCCUCCAACAGAAAUUCUGAUGGAUCCAAAAGUCCCAGAACACCUUUACUGAAAGCGCCAAUCGCCUCAACGGAGGAAUUGUGAGACUCCAGGUGAUAUUAGGAACGAGUAUCCUACAGUCUUUAUACGCAGGAUUUCUCCAGCAAUAUUUAGAAGUCUUCAAUCUCUCUUGAAAAAAUAUUGUAUUUGGAAGAUUAAUUUUAAAAGACAGUCUUCCAUAAAAGGCGACUACCUUAACGGGACUAGAUAUGUUUGAUUAAAAAGUGGCUUUCAAAGAUGUCCUCGAAUCGUUAAAUUAAAAAAAAAUAAGUAUAAUGAUGAUUAUUUAGGUAGUUUUCAGUGUUUCAUUAUCAAAUAUUAUAAAGGAA